AUGUCCGAAGACCAAGUCGAACUCUCCUCUCCUCCAUUCGACAGUGUAUCCUCCGUUCUGUUCUCCCCGAACAACCCAAACCACCUUCUAGUUUCAUCAUGGGAUACUACCGUCCGAUUCUACGAUGUCGCCGCUAACGAGCAAAAGUCAAAAUUCGAUCAUCGCGCCGCCGUGCUUGCCGUCGCCUUCUCCGACGAAUCGCAUGCUUACAGUGGAGGCUUAGACACGUCCGUUCGACAGUUGGAGCUGGAGACCGAAAAGAUACACAACUUGGGACAGCACAAUGACCCCAUUUCCAGCAUGAACUACUCGCAGGACACCCAUGCUCUGAUCACGGGCUCCUGGGAUCGCACUGUCCGCUUCUGGGAUCCACGAGCCUCCACACCACAGGUCGCCUCGCACGAACAACCGGAACGCGUUUACUUCAUGGACCUCGUCGGGAACCACCUGGUCGUCGCGAUGGCCAGCCGGCUCUUCCACAUCUUCGACAUCCGAAAGAUGGAGAAGCCAGAGCAGACGCGGGAAAGCAGCUUGAAGUUCAUGACGCGAGCGCUGGCGUGUAUGUCGGAUGGACAAGGAUACGCGACUGCUUCUGUCGAGGGAAGGAUCGCUGUCGAAUACUUCGAUCCGAGCUCAGAAGCGCAGGACAAAAAAUACGCAUUCAAGUGCCAUCGUCAGACCAUUGAGGACGUGGACCACGUCUGGCCCGUGAACUCGCUCGCCUUUCACCCAACGUGCGCGGGUCUAUCCUACAACACCUUUGCUUCUGCGGGCUCGGACGGGACCGUGUCCAUAUGGGACCACAAGGUCAAAAAGCGCCUGCGCCAGUACCCACGAUACCACUCCCCGAUCUCAAGCAUUGCAUUCAACUGCGACGGAACGAAGCUCGCGACGGGCGUCAGCUACACAUGGGACUCAGGGGAAGAGGGCCAGAAGACGGCGGAGAGGCCAAGUGUCUACAUACGCUCACUUGGGGAGGAGGUCAAGCCGAAGGGAUGGACUGGGAGCUAG